AGCUCCUCCGUGCUGACGGGGAAAAUACGAUGAUGGCGCUCAAACCGCCCCCUCGUCGCAUUCGCAAUCUUCUUUCCGAUUCUUUUUCCUGAUCCUGUUAUCAUAUCCCCCAUUCCCCCAUUCCCCCAUUCCCAUGAGCACCAGUUCACCAUGUCGCGCAGGACGCGGCAGCUAUGGCGCUGGGUACGGGUAACAGCUGUACUCGGAAUCAUUUGGUUAGUGCUCAGCGUCGCCCGCAGGAACAGUGACAACAACCCGCUCUCCCCCACCUGGGCUUCCCGCGAUGACAACGCUCUCGACAUCUGCCGCCAGUAUGGCUGGAAGCCCUUCCGUCCCAAAGACCCGAGCAAGCCGCGCAAGGUGUACGACCUGAUGAUGUUCAACACCGAGCUCGACCACCUCGAGAUCCGCCUCAACAGCACCUGGGACGAGGUCGACUACUUUGUCAUCGUCGAGGGCAGCAAGACCUUCACCAACCACGCCAAACCCCUGACGCUGAAGCGCUACCUCCCCGACUUCAAGCCCUACCACUCCAAGAUGAUCUACCACGAGAUCGAAUACCCGCCCGACUUCAAGCCCCGCACCACCUGGGACAUGGAAGACCUGCAGCGCAAUAGUAUGCUCACGCAGGUCUUCCCGCACCUCAGCGGGCGGCAGGCGCCACAGCACGGCGACGUGCUGGUGGUAUCAGACGUGGACGAAGUCCCGCGACCGGAGACGCUGCGGGUGCUGCGGGCGUGCGAGUUCCCGCGGCGGCUGACGCUGUCGUCGCGGUUCUACUACUACUCGUUCCAGUGGCUGCACCGCGGGCCCGAGUGGCCGCACCCGCAGGCGACCUUCUACCAGGGCAUGCUCAAGACGCUGCGGCCCAACGACCUGCGCAUCGCCGACGGCGGCAUGUGGCCCUUUCGCGAGUGGGAGAAGGGCGUGCUGUCCAACGCCAGCUGGCACUGCUCGUCGUGCUUCGAGACCGUCGCCGAGCUGCUCGGCAAGAUGGCUGCGUUCUCGCAUACGAGUAUGAAUGCGAAGAAGUUUCGCGACGAGCGUCGGAUUGUGGACUAUAUCAGGAGGGGCAAGGACCUGUGGGAUCGCAAGGGCGAGGUGUACGACCGUGUUGAGGGGAACCAGGACGUGCCGCGGUUUUUGUUGGAGAAUAAGGAGCGUUUUGGAUACAUGCUCGAUAGGGACGGGCCGACGGCGGGGUUUACGGACUAUGAGGGGUAGGGUGGAGGGGGCUGGCCGGCGUCGGGAUGGACGAUAUUUAUACCCGUGGGUGGUUGGGUUGAUCGGUUUGCGGUGGUUACAACGCGUGAUGAACUUGGAAACACAAAGGCGCACAUGGAAC